AGGACCUGGCCUCGGCUCGGAGCGUCUGGGUCGUCCCGCGGUGCCCGGACUCAGCUGUGGCCGUGGACCAAGCGCGGGGACCGGUCACGCGCCGCGACACCGGAGCCCGGGGACCCGGGCUGGUCCAGGAGGCGGUGGGGGCGCGACGCCGCCGGCCCGCCACGCCCAGGCUCUCAUCAAGUGACCGGUAUCCCUUCCAGGAGAACACGGUCCUUCAGAGGGAAGAGCGCUCCAGCCUGCAGCCCCGGCGCCAAGCCGCCGUCAUCUCCUUCCUGUGCCGGGUGAUCUGUCUCCUCACCCACCCGGAAAAACAUAGUCCGCCCCUCAUGUCCUUGUGAAACAGCGAUAGCUGUUCACACGGCGUGACUCUCUUGACCUGUCUCCUUGUCUCGCCCAUGCCAAACCCUUCAGGACCCACCGAGAGGAGAAAUCAGCCCUAAAAGGGGACCUCGAGAGAGAGAAGAAAGAGAGGAAGCCGAGAGGAAGGGAGAGGCAAGGCCGGCGGAGGGACACCAAGGCGUCCUCGCAGUGCGCACGCGCGCCGCGAAGAACGAGUUCCGGUCUGGCCGAGGCCUGACUCCUAAAAAUAGCCCCGGUGUGGGGAUCCGUGCGCGGAUGUCCCGGCGAGUCCCGGGCUGAAGGAGGCGGCUCCGGGCGGCGCGGAGUGCUGUGGCGGGCCGGGCCGGGGCUGCGGCUUGUGCGCGCCCGCCGGCUGUAGCGGAGACCCGGAAUUGCAUCUUGUGGAAAAGGAACAAAGAAUUUUCUGCAAGGAUCAAAUAUUCUCAAGAAAAUUUUCACGGUAGCCUUGGACUAGAAGGUUACGUAAUAGAAACUGUGUACAAUGCAUUAGGAUAUUGAAGGAAAUUAGCUUCUGAAUUAAUUACUUGGAAUAUAAGGAAGAAAAGGUAUCUGAAAAUGGGGCGGAAGAAAAUACAAAUCACACGCAUAAUGGAUGAGAGGAACCGGCAGGUCACUUUUACAAAGAGGAAGUUCGGACUGAUGAAGAAAGCCUAUGAACUCAGUGUGCUGUGUGACUGUGAAAUAGCACUCAUCAUUUUCAACAGCUCUAACAAGCUCUUCCAGUACGCCAGCACUGACAUGGACAAAGUUCUUCUCAAGUACACAGAGUAUAAUGAACCACAUGAAAGCAGAACAAACUCGGAUAUUGUUGAGACUUUAAGAAAGAAAGGCCUUAAUGGUUGUGAGAGCCCUGAUGCUGACGAUUACUUUGAGCACAGUCCACUCUCGGAGGACAGAUUCAGCAAACUAAAUGAAGAUAGUGAUUUUAUUUUCAAACGAGGCCCUGCUCUGAACAAGAAGGAACACAGAGGCUGCGACAGCCCAGACCCUGAUACUUCCUAUGUGCUAACUCCACAUACAGAAGAAAAAUAUAAAAAAAUUAAUGAGGAAUUUGAUAAUAUGAUGCGGAAUCAUAAAAUCGCACCUGGUUUGCCACCUCAGAACUUCUCAAUGUCUGUCACAGUCCCUGUGACCAGCCCUAAUGCUUUGUCCUACACUAACCCAGGGAGUUCACUUGUGUCACCGUCUUUGGCAGCCAGCUCAACAUUAGCAGAUUCAAGUAUGCUGUCUCCACCCCCAGCUACGUUACAUAGAAAUGUAUCCCCUGGAGCUCCGCAGAGACCACCAAGUACUGGCAGUGCAAGUGGGAUGUUGAGUACUACAGACCUCGCAGUACCAAAUGGAGCUGGAAAUAGUCCAGUGGGGAAUGGAUUUGUAAACUCAAGGGCCUCUCCAAAUUUGAUUGGAAAUACUGGUGCAAAUAGUUUAGGCAAAAUUAUGCCUACAAAGUCUCCCCCUCCACCUGGUGGUGGCAAUCUUGGAAUGAAUAGUCGGAAACCAGAUCUACGGGUUGUCAUUCCCCCUUCAAGCAAGGGCAUGAUGCCUCCACUUAAUGCCCAAAGGAUAAGCAGUUCUCAAGCUGCUCAGCCUCUCGCCACCCCUGUAGUGUCUGUGACAACUCCGAGCUUGCCUCCACAGGGACUAGUGUACUCAGCAAUGCCGACAGCCUAUAACACUGAUUACUCACUGACCAGCGCUGACCUGUCGGCUCUGCAAGGCUUCACCUCCCCUGGAAUGCUGUCUCUGGGGCAGGCUUCAGCCUGGCAGCAGCACCAUCUUGGGCAAGCAGCCCUCAGCUCUCUAGUGGCUGGAGGGCAGUUAUCUCAGGGUUCGAAUUUGUCCAUUAACACCAACCAGAACAUCAACAUUAAGUCAGAGCCAAUUUCACCUCCCCGGGAUCGAAUGACCCCAUCAGGCUUCCAGCAGCAGCAACAACAGCAGCAACAACAGCCACCACCUCCACAACCUCCACAGCCCCAACCCAGGCAGGAAAUGGGGCGCUCCCCUGUGGACAGUCUGAGCAGCUCUAGCAGCUCCUAUGACGGCAGUGACCGGGAGGACCCACGGGGUGACUUCCAUUCUCCCAUUGUGCUUGGCCGACCCCCUAAUACUGAGGACAGAGAAAGCCCUUCUGUAAAACGCAUGAGGAUGGACACAUGGGUGACCUAAGGCUUCCUGGUUCAUGGUUGUUCUUUGUGUUACUGCAGUGAGCUGCCCUACAUAUCUUAAAUUGGUGAAUAAGGACAUGAGUUCAAUAUAUUUAUAUGUACAUACAUACAUAUAUAUCCCUUUACAUAUAUAUGUAUGUGGUGUGAGUGUGUGUAUGUGUGGGUGUGUGUUGCAUACACAGAAUCAGGCACUUACUGCAAACUCCUUGUAGGUCUGCAGAUGUGUGUCCACAUGGCAGACAAAGCACCCUGUAGGCACAGACCAGUCUGGCACUUCCUUGGACUACUUGUUUCGUAAGAUAAACAGUUUUUGCAGAGAAACGUGUACCCAUAUAUAAUUCUUCCACAUUAGCCUGCAGAAACCUAGGGGGCCCCCUAUUUGUUUUAUUUAAUUGUGCGGUGACUGUAGUUACUUCAGAAAAAAAAAUGCUUUGUAGAACAGAGCAGUAGAAAAGCAGGAACCAAGAAAGCAAUACUGUACAUAAAAUGUCAUUUAUAUUAGUAACCCAACCUGGCAUGGGUCUAUUGCAAAGGGGUGCAUGGGAAAGGGCUGUUGAUAGUAAGCAAACAAACAAAUAAAAUAAAAGCCCCACACAUAACUGUUUUGCACGUGCAAAAAAAAUGUAUUGGGUCAGAGAAGUGAUCUUUAGCUAAUAAAAAGGGAGAAUAGAACAUACGCAUGAAAUACUCAGAAAUACUAGCCUAGAAAUAUAGAGCAUUAACAAAAUAAAAUUAAUAUAUUAAGUUAUAAUUGGAAUAUGUCAGAAGUUUCUUUUACAUUCAUAUCUUUAAAAAUUAAAGAAACUGAUUUUAGGUCAUGUAUAUUUUAUAUGAAAGAAAACACCCUUAAUGAAUUGAUGACUAUAUAUAAAAUUAUAUCCACUACUUUUGAACACAUUCUGCUGAAUUAUUUAUAUAAGCCAAAGCUGUAUGUUGUAACUUUUUUUUUUUAGAGAAUAGCUUUAUCUUGUUUUAACUUUUUAGUUUUAUUUUAAGAGGGGAGAAAAAAACAAAAAUAUCUUGCAAGCAGAACCUUGGAAAAAAAAAGCCAUGAACACUUAUUAUUCUAUAUGUAAAUUAAAAGUUGAGCCAAACUCUUUGUGUAUAUAGCAUCUUAAAUAUAUUAUCACCUUUGAUGUAAGUACCUAUGUAUUGUAUGGUCACCAGAUUAUAAAGUAUAUUUUUGUGGAUUGCCGCCAAUUUGGGGGGAAAGGCGAAGUCCUUAAGUAGAGUAUUCACUGUUUAAUAUUUACUAUUUUGUUAAAUAUACUGUACUUUGGAUUUUAAUUAUUAGCCCAGUUUUUCAAAGGAUUGUGUAAAGGGGUUUCCCCUCACUGGUGGUGAAUGUGUGAUGUUCUGUUGUAAUCUUUGUGCUGUAUGGGGUGAGCAUCAUUAUAUAUUUUAUAUGUGUACAUAAAUAGCAAAGUGGCAAAAAAUUGGUGUUAAGUUCAUCCUGCAUAAAUAUAAAAUGUGUUGUAACAGAUUUUAUAAGGCAUUAUUUAAAACUUGCCUUUUGUGAGAGAAAAAAAAGAGUAGAAAGAUGACCUAAUUUAACUAAUACUAGAGAAGAUGGCAGAAUAGUAGAAGAGCACAAAGGUUUUAUAAGUGGUAAAUAAUUAGGGAAAUAUUUGUGGGGAAAGGGAUCUUUUUCUCCUUGACUCUGAAAAUAGAAUGAAGCAGCUGGUUACAAAAUCCACGAGGGUUUUUAGCUGUCCCGUGGAAAGGCAAGGGCGUGUAGGGAGCAGCUCUCUAACGAUGCCGUUCCGUGACACGGUUCCUGCUAUCCUGACGGAAACUGGUGCCACCCUCAGCUUGGAUUUUGAACAAGGCCUUACUUACAGGGAGACAACUCGUUGGCGAUAGCAAGUUGAUCCGUUUACUGGGCUUGUGCCAUGAACAAAAUUCAAAGUCCUGUAUAUCUUUUCUCCUAGAUUUUUAAAUACUCCUUUUCCUGAAAAACUUUAAAAGGGUUUUAAAUGGCUGCUAUUUUAUAUUGAACAAUGUCAAGCAGCUGCCUGCAGUUUUUACUUGCAUUUUGCUUUUCCCCCUAAAUUUUGUUCCUUUCAGCGUUUCCUCAUCUGCCGUUGUGACAGCUCACCAGCCAGGCUUCCAGACUAGCACACAGGGACUAGGUACACGCACCGCGGUGAGCUCGGGCCGCACAGAAGAGAGUGCUUCACUGACAGUGUGGUGGCUCGUGGUAGAAGCCAAAAAAGUGAGGAUGCUGUCCUGUUGCCUCUGUAGUCUCAGCAUUUGGCUCUUAGCAGAGAAGAUGAGAUUUUCUUCUUGAAAUGUACUGAAUCGACUUACAGGCACAUUCUUCUUAAGGUCAUACCUAAUUAAAACAAGACAGUCUCCCAACACUGAAUUUCCAAGAUAACACUUACCACUUUGUAAACCAUUUAUAGCUUUGAAAGUGUUAAGUGGCCCUUUCGUUAUUAUUUAUGCAUGUUCAUGAACUUCUGCUGUAUAUUGGAAUAGGAGUUAACACAGUCACAUUUACUGUCUAUUUUCUUGUGUGCCUUAUGAGAUGGCUUUUCUGACUGUAUCUCAAUAGUCUUUCUUUCUAUGCAGGUUUAUAAUCAGUACAACUACUGUUUUCUAAAGUGAUACUACACAAGGCUCGGAGUUUGUAUUUAAAUUACACUGACCAAGUCACAAUGUAUUCCGUUUUCAGGAACUGAAUAUCUGACUGUUAAUCUUUCCCCACGUGCCCAAUGUGGUUUGGAGCAUGUGGGCUUGACAUCCUUCACCCAGACACUCAUGUGUGAACACAUCCACAUCCACAGCUCUCAGUGGAAGCCAACCUAGAGUGGGGAGGACACUGACCUGACGGGGUUGCUUUAAAACUGACUUUCUUACCCUUUGAGACUCAUGUGUUUUGUAUGAGACACCAUCACAGGAGAAUUUUAUCCCUUCAGAUAACAUAUUUUAUUAUUAAAAACAAAAACAAAAAAAGCUUAACUUGCACUGGAUACAGGAAGUCCCCACCAGCUGUACUUCCUCAGAACUCUAAGUGGUUCCACACUGAGAGUGAACGUCACCAUUGUGUGAACACAGGUGGUUCCAGUCGAAACUCCAUCCUUUGAGCCCUAAUUACAUCCAUUGUGUUAUAAAACUAAAUCAGGGGUUUGUUCUAAGAGAACAAUACAUGUUUCACCAUUUCCUUUCAACUUGUAAAGACGACUAAUAAUGUUUGAACAUAAUUUCUGUAUUAACCAUCAUGCGCACAAGAAAUACAUAGUAAAUACGGAGCCUGAAAACUCCUGGCAUUGGAUCAUAAAAAGCUAGAUGAUUAGAAUGUGAAAAAGACUUUACAAAUGUAACCCUUUUAUUUCUCUGUAGAAACUUUCUUCACUUUGCUGUGCAAGAGGACACUGCUUUGCUAUAUUUAAAAUGGCUUUUUUAAAAGAGAAUUUAUGUAUUUGGUAAAUGUUUGUAGUCAACAGUUCACAAAAGAAGCUGUACACGGUUUGAUCAUGUAAAACCGUUUGGCGGCACAAGCUGGACUUUGUUGCCAUCCUUGAGAUGAACCUUUUAAGAAAAAUAAGUUAAUCUCAAUUUUUCCCUGAAUGUGUUGUUUUUUCUUCAUUAUACAAUAAAUAUUAUAGUGAAGUUUUUAUCAAAUGGUAAGACAAUGCUAAA